GUAGCCAUGUCGGAGGCCACGUUCAAGAACAUCAGGGUUUACUGGCUCGCUUUCGUUGCGUACUGGGGCAUCAUCCUGUUUGGUUAUGAUACCGGUAUUGCAGGAGGAGUGGUCUCGCAGAAGUACUUCGCGGAGCAGUUUGGGCUCAUCAAUCCCGACGGCACUGUUGACACGGCCAGAGACAACGCACUCUCAUCCAACGUUGUAUCUGUCCUUCAAGCUGGAGCCUUUUUCGGUGCUCUUGGAAGUGCUCCUGUCUCGAGCCGUAUUGGUCGCAAGUUCACCUUGCUGGUGUUCACGAUCAUCUUCGCUGUCGGUGCUAUUCUGACCACCGUCGCCGGUGGAAGCCGCGGUAUUGGCUACAUCUAUGCCGGACGAAUCAUCUCAGGCUUGGGUAUCGGAGGUAUUUCCGCCGUUGCGCCCGCUUUCGUCUCAGAGUGCUCGCCGAAGAACGUCCGUGGCCGCAUCACGGGAAUGUUCCAGAUCAUGGUCGCUAUUGGUGUUAUGAUAUCCUACUUCCUGAACUUGGGCGUGGGUCUCCACAUGGGCAACGACUCGCGAGUGUGGCGCAUCCCCUUCGGCUUCCAGCUUGUUCCCGCAGGAAUGAUGGCGAUCGGCCUGUUGACCGUAAAAGAGUCUCCUCGUUGGCUCGCCUCCAAAGGUCGCAACGUCGAGGCCAUUUCAAACCUCGCGUACCUCCGCCGUGAGUCAGAGGACUCUCAAUCGGUAAUGCACGAGUUUGCUGAGAUUGAGGCGGCCCUCCGUGAGGAGCGCGAGGCGCGCGAGGGGCUCGGCAUCAAGGAGGCGUUCUUGGGAAAGGGGAACUUCAUCCGCUUCGUCAUCGCGUUUUCAAUUUUCUUGCUCCAGAUGUUUAGCGGGCAGAACUCAGUCGGCUACUACGCACCGCAGAUCUUCAGCUCUAUCGGGUACACCGGCACGCAGAACUCACUCCUUGCGUCUGGCAUUUACGGUGUUGUCAAGGUCGUGGCUACAACUAUCUUCGUGUUCUUCCUCGUUGAGUGGUGGGGUCGCAAGAUUUCUCUGUUCGUCUCAGCGAUAGGCAUGGGGACGUGUUUCUACAUCAUUGGUGCCAUUCUCAAGACGCAUCCUGUCGGCAGCCUUCCGACAGGCGCUAGUCCUCCUCCGGCGAGCAAGGGUAUGGCUGCGAUGCUGUACAUCUACGUGCUCUUCUACUCUCUCGGCUGGGGCCCCCUGCCAUGGGUUUACGUCUCGGAUAUCUUCCCGACGCGGACUAGGCACUACGGUCUGGCUGUAGCAAGCGGAUCGCAAUGGCUCUUCAACUUCGUCAUCUCCAAGAUAACACCCACGAUCGAGUCGAAUCUCGGCUGGAAGCUUUUCAUGCUCUUCGCGACCAUCAACAUCGGCGGCAUGGCUGUCUUCUCCCUGUUCCUUCCUGAGACUAAGGGACGCAGUCUCGAAGAGAUGGACAUCAUCUUCGGUUCCGUGUCUGCAGAGACCCGCGAGGCUUUCAUCAAGCAGGAAGAGCGCGAAAUCAACCGCCAUGCCGAAGACUCAACCUCUGUGCAAUCCCUCGAACCAAAGGUCUAGAACGUUUGAACCUUCAUGGCUUGAGUACCAUACACAUGCAUACCUUUUGUUAUUGGGAUCGUUCGCUUUGAAGUAACGUAGUAAUUGUUAGCUGCUGUUCUGUGGCAUUAUUGUACGUGUUACGAGAGACGCGUUGUAUCAUAUCUACAUAGCUACCCUCGCAUUGUAUAUCACUGAAUCGC